AGACAGUAGAGCAUGAUAUUUGUUAAAUGUCAAUACACAAAUGGGCCCACUACGGGGUUCUAUGAUCAAUGCCAUUUCUUUUCGUUGUCAAGCAAAAUGGCGGAUCAGACAGAGAAAGCGUUUCAGAAACAGUUGACGGUGUUCCUCAACCGUAAAGGGGGUCUGAAGAGGAAGGACAUGAGACAUCAUAAGAAUGUUGGUCUAGGAUUCAAAACUCCAAGAGAGGCAAUUGAAGGUACCUACAUUGACAAGAAGUGCCCCUUCACUGGCAAUGUCUCAAUUCGUGGUCGUAUCCUUACUGGAGUAGUCCAAAAAAUGAAGAUGCAACGCACUAUAGUCAUCAGACGCGACUACCUGCACUACCUGCCUAAAUAUAACAGAUUUGAGAAGAGACAUAGAAAUAUGUCUGUGCAUUUGUCACCUUGCUUCAGAGACGUUGAACUCGGGGAUAUCGUCACUAUCGGCGAAUGCCGGCCACUCUCCAAGACGGUGCGAUUCAAUGUAUUAAAGGUUUCCAAAGGAAAGGGAUCCAAAAAGUCAUUCAGAAAGUUCUAAAUAAAAUUACUAUAUAAGUA